AUGCACUUCGCGUGCAACGCCCUGGGCGAUCUCGCCUUUUGGAGCGCAAACCCAUGGAUGACAUGGGGAGAGGGAAAGCCCGAGGCCAACCCAGACAGCAUGGUCUUCAGUAUGCACAGCCAUCACUACGCGUCCGAUGUGAUGGGGUGGUACAAUUUCACAAGCCAGCUUGCCGAGAACUGCUAUGCUUUGUACAAAGACACUCCAUUUCCGCCCUGGGACCCAGCACGUCUCGAUGUGUCCCGCUUCACCCUGGAGAUUCCGGCAGCCGAUCAGGUCGAUGGUCCGCCUGUCGCGCCGCAAGCUUCACGCCAUCCAGACCAGCAAGCCCUCCUGUUUCACCUACCUCGGAGCAAGGCGGCUUGGUGUCUAGGUUGCUUCAAGAUCCGGAAUGGAAAAGCUAUUUCGAAUAUUUGGGAGAGGAUUAGACUCUUCGGAUGGUCUCCAGAGGUCUCUGGAAACAUCCUGAAAGGACUGCGCUCUCAUUCCAGGCAGCUCGCAGUCCGCCCGACCACAGCUCAACCACUCCUUCGCAACUCGAUCAUCCACCACGAGUAUCCACCAUCACCACCCCCCACCAACACCAUCGCAUGUCGCGACCGCUCCCCACCGAGCUCGAGCGGUCGGUCGGCCAUGGCCGAUGAUGUGUCGACUGCCUCGAAGCCAGACACGGCCACCACCCCGAAACUAGACGCGACUUCCUCGUAUGAUAUCAACGUCUCGGGCGCGCCGGCCGUGGUGACUUGGGGUGGCCACUCGCCCUUGAGCGACGUGACAUGCGACGUCCGCCGCUACGCCUCGAACAAUACUGCCUUCAUCAAGCUACGCGCGACUCUGUUGCUGAAGGUACCUGCGUCUCUGCCUUCCAAGACCAGCCUGUUCCUGUUCAUCCACCCCGAGCGCAUACAAGAACUCGUCUUGGACGAGCCCUCCGAGUUCCCACCACACGAGGCUGUGAAGAAGAAGCUGGGUCAGGACACAUGCUGCCUACGCUUCACGCUGGACAGGCCGGCUUCCCUGGUCGGGCCUGCUAGCCCCGAGAAGACUACACCCAAGAACAAGAGCUCGGGCGAGCUGUUACGUCACCUGCAGUCGUUGGCCCGUGAGACCAACUUCACUGUGCACCUGCCCGCCAAGGUUGUGACCAAGGCUCGACUGCAGUCGCUGUGCGUCGCGGCUACUCGCCAUGGGUUGAAGGCAAUCCCCUGGCAGGCUGACCUGACCUGUCUCUACGGUGGCAAAGGCGGCCGGCUCAUCGAGGAUGGACUUGAGGCUCCCCCUGCGGAGCCUCCAUCCUACGAUGAGCUGGAGCCUGGGCCACCGAUGCCGCCAGCAAGUCAAGGCUCGACUUCUCAGGGUCCUUCCAAGAAGCGGCGGCGUGGCAGUGACGGUUCAGAUGCCCAGCCUGUAGAUCUCGCGCUUAUGGAGGCGAUGUGCCGCAAGAUCAUGGGUGAGAUGAAGGCCGAGCUGAAGCAGGAAAUGAGUGACCAGCUGCACCAGCUAGAGACCCGAAUCAUGGACUGCCUCGAAGAGCGGCUGGCCGAGGAGACAGCGCGAGUAGAGGAACACGUCGACCAGCAGCUCCUGGAGGUAAGAGACGAGACGACCGACGAGAUCGGAACCCGCAUAGAGGACGAGUACUACGGUGUGCGCCUCCGCCUCGAAGAGUACGUCAAAGAUGAGGUCAGAGAUGCCGAGCAGAGGAUCAUCCAACACAUAGAAAGCAACGCUACAGUGUCUUUACAAUUCAAUACGUAA